AUGUCAAACUAUAGGAUAUUUCCUAUAAGUGAACCAGACAUAGCUAUAACUCAUAGGAAUAAGGAAAUACCUUGCGAAUAUUUAAUAUUGGAUGAAGAAAAGAGCCAGAAUGUGCCUAGCCUAGAGGACAUAAUUAAUGAUAAAAGUGUUGGUCCGUUUAAUAGACGAAAUUUGGUUCAAUAUUUGUCAAACAGUCAUUGCCUUGAAAAUUAUGAAUUCGUAGUGUUCAUGAAUAAAUUUUUGGCUGAAACAAGGAGUGUGGAGAAGAAGAACGCAUGGCAAUAUAUCAUGAUGACUUUCGUGCUAGAGGAUGCCCUCAAAGAGAUUAACCUACCAUGCAACGUAAGAAAUGGGCUUUUGGAAUGCGAAGGGGAGUUUCCGAGCGAAGAUUUGGCGUUGAAGGCCAAGAUGAUAAUCUACGAUCUUCUCUGCGAUUCGUACCACGAGUUUGUCAAGUUGAUGAAGCUCCAGAUACAAGCAGACUGCUACAAGCAUAAGCCCCAAGGGUGUAGCAGAGAAGCUGGAGAGUUAGAAAACCACGAAAUAUGCUACAGACCUAAAGGACACAGUUUUGCGUUCGAGCUGUUCUCGCCAUUGUCAUCUUCGCAUGCGGUAGAAUUCGACGACGCCGACGUGAAUGAAAUAACCCAUACUAACAGCAUGGGUACAUCUAGGCACAACAGCACCGGAUCUAGAGGGUCGUCUAUCGGAUCUUUGGUAGAUUCUCUCAAGAAUAACGAUUUAGUCAAUUGGAGAAAAACCGUCAAAAAGCUCAAGAUUAGACGAUUUCUGAAUGAAAUAUGA